GGCAGGUUUCCAGGUUGCUUCGGCUGAAUUGUCCUUCCAAUUUGCAUGGAAUCUCCUAGGUGAAGCUCUAUUGGUUUUACAGGAGUUCUGUAAUAUUACAUAGAAGUACAAUACCACGAGAACAGGGAUGAUAUAGAGGAUAACUGUAUAUGGUAUAGCGUGUUUCAUGAUAAGUCUGGGAAACAAACCAAGAGUAUUGAGGGGUCAAGCUGAUUUCGGGAACUACUGUAUGCGAAGAAAUCCCUUCAAAGAAAUAUUCAUGGCGGUGGCCGAACAGCCUGCUCAGCUGGCUAUCAUUAAGCUGCUCCUGGAGUGGGGCGGGUUCGAUGUCCGAACGCAGGAUAUUGAUGGAAAUACCGCGUUAUAUUACUUGGCGGCGACUUUGGCUAUUGGUUCCGAGACUGUAAAAGUAUUGCGAGCAAUGAAUGGUGGCAAGGAAGUCUGGCAGAGCUCGAGAAACCGGUGUGGCCUGACGCCAAAGCAGUUGAUGGAGGAAUGAUAGUUGCAUACAACAGCUCAGUAGCAGGGAUGAUUGUUU